CAUUAUGGUAUCAUUAGAAGAAGAGAAUGAGACUGUGAAGCAGAGAAUCACACAAGGGAUGCCACUGCUCACUCCAUACAACAUGGGAAGAUUCAAUCUCUCUCACAGGGUAGUUUUAGCACCAUUAACAAGAACAAGGUCCUACAACUUUGUGGCUCAGCCGCAUGCUGCUCUUUACUAUUCUCAAAGAACGACGAAAGGUGGCUUUUUGAUUGGAGAAGCUUCGGGAAUAUCAGAAACUGCACAAGGGUACCCAAAUACUCCCGGCAUUUGGACAAGAGAGCAGGUGGAAGCAUGGAAACCAAUAGUGAAAGCCGUUCAUGAGAAAGGAGGAAUAUUCUUUUGCCAACUAUGGCAUGCUGGAAGAGUCUCCAAUUAUGGUUACCAGCCAAAUGGGGAGGCCCCAAUUUCAUGCACAGACAAAGCUAUUCAAAAGGAGGGAUUCAGCAGGUACCCACCUCCUCGCCGCCUUAGAACUGAUGAGAUCCCUCACAUUGUCAAUCACUUCGUAGUGGCAGCCAGAAAUGCCAUGGAAGCUGGUUUUGAUGGGGUAGAGAUACAUGGAGCGAAUGGGUACUUGCUUGAUCAGUUUUUAAAGGACAAGGUCAACGACAGAGAUGACGAGUACGGAGGAACCUUAGAAAAUCGUUGUCGGUUCCCACUGCAAGUGGCGGAGGAAGUAGCCAAAGAGAUCGGAGCUGACAAGGUUGGUUUUAGGCUCUCCCCAUUUUCAGAUUACUGCGACUGUGGGGACUCUGACCCACUAGCAUUGGGCAUCCACAUGGCCAAGUCACUGGGCCAAUUGGACAUACUUUAUUGCCACGUCAUUGAGCCCAGGAUGGUCACAAUGCUUGAAAAGUCUGACACCGCAAAGGAGUCGCUUUUGCCGAUUAGAAAGGCCUUCAACGGAACCUUCAUUGUUGCUGGUGGCUACAAUAGGAGUGAUGGGAACAAGGUCUUAGCAAGUGGUGGUGCUGAUUUGGUGGCGUAUGGACGCCUCUUCUUGGCAAACCCUGAUUUGCCAAAGAGGUUUGAAUUUGAUGCUGAAUUGAAUAAGGCUGAUAGAAGCACUUUCUACACACAUGAUCCUGUGGUUGGAUACACUGACUAUCCAUUUCUUGAAGAUCAUCAACCAAACGGAAAGUAGAUGUUAAUUACAAUUGUUAAAGGAUGGGAUUCGGAAUUGGGCAAAAAAUGUAUCUGCUAAGUUACUAAGAGCAUGUAUCAAUUUUAUGUUUUGACAAUAUUAAGCUAUGGAUAAUAAAGUAGGUUCAUGGGUGAAGUGAAGAAAUGUAGCGACUUCGGAUCCUACAGGUGUUAUUUGCGUGGAAACUCCCAGUAAUAAGAAUCUAUUGUUCACUUGUU